CCAAGAACGUGGGAGAAAGCACAACCGGCCCAGCAGCCCCAGGAACAACGGCUGCGGAACGGAACCACUCCCCCUGUUUGCGCUGAGUGAGGAGCCGCGCCUCUCUCCGCACUGCGUCUGCGUGCCAGCGCCGCCGCCUCCUCUCCACCCGCGCUGCGCGCCAACGCGGACGCCGAGCCGGCCUAUCUAGCGCCGCCCGCCACGCCAGCCGCACCUUCACUUGACUCUUGGAGUGGCUUCGGCUGCGCUCGCCAUGUCGUCGUCCCUGGCGUCCUCCUCGUACCGCCGCAGGAUCCUCGACUCCAAAGCGGCGGCCUCCCACGCGCUCUACUCCUCUCGCCUCCCCUCCCGCUCCAGGCAGCCGGCCCACACCAGGAUUGGCGCCGCCGCCAGAGCUCAUGGAGUUGAGAAUAGCAUCAUCAGUGUCCUAACUAUGCAUCACUGGGAGACCUUGAAUCACAUGGCGUACAAGUUUGGGAAGCUUGACAAGGUUCAUGGAAAGCUAGCCUUGAAGAUACUGGGUUCUAUUGUGCAACAAUCAGGUUUGGAGCGAAUCACUCAUGUUUACUGCCUGGCUGCUCAUAUCCUCAUCCAAGCUCAAAUGCAUUCACAAGCAAUGUCAGUGCUGAAGCAUCUUGCCAUGGCGGGCUUCUCUUGCUCUGCUAUAUUUAGCUCCCUUCUCCGAACCAUCUCGCGUUGUGAUUCCAAUCCCAUGGUUUUUGACCUUCUUAUCAAUGCAUAUCUGAAGGAAAGAAAAGUUGUUGAUGCAAGUAAGGCAAUUUUGUUGAUGGAUAACUGUGGAUUUAAGGCUUCAACUCACACCUGCAAUGCUGUCCUUAAUGCUCUUGUGGAAGUUGGGGAAUCAAAACAUGUUUGGUUCUUCUUAAAAGAGAGCUUGGCCCGGAAGUUCCCAUUGGAUGUCACCACUUGUAAUAUUGUACUGAAUUAUUUUUGCCUUGAUGGUAACCUUGGAAAGGCUAAUCUUAUGCUACAAAAGAUGAAGAGUCGGUCCAUAUCAAACGUUGUUACUUAUAACACAAUACUUUACUGGUAUGUUAAGAAGGGAAGGUUCAAGGCUGCCAUGCGUGUCUUAGAAGAUAUGGAGAAGAAUGGUGUAGAGGCAGAUGUAUAUACUUAUAACAUCAUGAUUGAUAAGUUAUGCAAAAUGAAGAGGAGUACGCGUGCUUACCUUUUGCUCAAAAAAAUGAGGGGAAAUAACUUAUCACCUGAUGAGUGUACAUAUAAUACUUUGAUCAAAGGAUUUUUCGAUGAAGGUAAGAUGAAACUUGCUAUCUAUAUCUUCAAUGAAAUGCUGAAACAGAGCUUGAAGCCAAGCCUAGCUACUUACACUACCUUGAUUGAUGGGUACUGCCGAAGUGGGGUAACUGGUGAAGCUUUACGAGUUCUGUAUGAAAUGCAAGUUGCUGGUGUGAAACCAAGUGAACUAACUUAUAGUGCAAUGCUGAAUGGUUAUUGCAAAGCUUCCAUGCCGGGACAUGCACUGAAUCUUAUUGAAGAUAUGAAAGCAAGAGGCACAGCAAUCAAUAGGACUAUGUAUACUAUCCUGAUUGAUGGUUUCUGUCAGCUAGGAGUGGUUUCUAAAGCCAAGCAAAUUUUAAAGAGUAUGCUUGUGGUUGGGAUCAAUCCAGAUGUUGUUACUUAUUCAGCAUUGAUCAAUGGUAUGUGCAAGAUGGGUAAGUUGGACGAAACAAAAGAGAUUUUGUCAAGGAUGCAAAAAACAGGAGUUUUGCCUAAUGAGGUUCUUUAUACAACUCUAGUUUGCUAUUGUUGCAAGGCUGGGUAUGUCGGAGAAGCACUAAAGUAUUUUGUGGAUAUCUAUCGGAGGGGCCUAGCUGCCAAUUCAUUCAUCCACAAUACAUUGUUAUGUGCACUGUAUCGAGAAGGAAUGGUUACACAGGCUGAGCAAUUUAAACAAUACAUGUCUAGGAUGAAGAUAUCAUUUGAUGUUGCCUCUUUCAACUGUAUAAUAGACUUUUACUGCACCAGAGGUAAUAUGCAUGAGGCAUUCUCAGUGUAUGAUAAUAUGCAUAGAUAUGGUUGUUCUCCAAAUGUUGACACAUAUAGGAAUUUGCUUAGAGGGUUAUGCAAGGGCGGCUACUUGGUACAAGCAAAGGAGUUCAUGGCCUGCCUUGUUGACAUACCUUAUGCCAUUGAUCAGGAAACCUUCAAUGCAUUACUUCUGGGGAUUUGCAAAGACGGAACUCUAGAUGAAGCUCUGGAUUUAUGUGAGAAAAUGGUUACAAGUAACUUUCUACCUGACAUCCAUACUUACACUGUUCUUCUUAGUGGUUUUUGCAGAAAAGGCAAAAUUGUUCCUGCAAUCAUCCUGUUGCAGAUGAUGUUGGAGAAAGGGUUUGUCCCUGAUAUUGUUACAUAUACCUGUUUGUUGAAUGGCUUGAUCAAGGAAGGCCAAGUUAAGGUUGCUUCUUACCUGUUCCAGGAGAUCAUAUGCAAGGAAGGUAUGUAUGCAGAUUGUAUUGCCUACAACUCAAUGAUGAACGGGUACCUAAAGGCAGGAAUGAUACAUAAAGUAGAUAUGACGAUUCGGGAUAUGCAUCAUAAUGAGGUUUAUCCAAACCCAGCCAGCUAUAACAUUCUUAUGCAUGGGCACAUCAAGAAGGGACAUUUGUCAAGAUCUGUUUAUCUAUACAAAGAUAUGGUAAGGAAAGGGAUUAGGCCAAACAAUGUGACAUAUCGUUUGCUUAUCCAUGGAUUUUCAAAACAUGGUAUGACUGAAAUUGCGAUUAAGUUCUUGGACAAGAUGGUCUUAGAACGCAUUUAUCCGGAUAGAUUAACAUUUGAUGUACUCAUAACUGUAUGUAGUGAGAAAUCUAGGAUGUCCAAUGCUUUACAGCUCUUCAACUGCAUGAAGCGGUUAUAUAUGUCACCUAGCAGUAAAGCAUACAGUGCCAUGAUAAAUGGAUUGAUCAGGAAAAAUUGGCUGCAGCAGAGUUGUGAUGUUUUACGUGACAUGGUCGAGAGUGGACUUGAACCGAAUCAUACACACUAUAUUGCGUUAAUCAAUGCAAAAUGCAGGCUUGGGGACAUCAAUGGAGCAUUCAGGCUGAAAGAGGAAAUGGCAGCUCUUGGUGUUGUGCCAGCUGAAGUUGCUGAAAGCUCAAUUGUUAGAGGCCUUAGUAAAUGUGGAAAGGUUGAAGAGGGUAUCAUAGUUUUCUGUAGCAUAAUACGUGCUGGAAUGGUGCCAACAAUUGCUACUUUCACUACCCUAAUGCAUGGUCUCUGUAAAGAAGGCAAGAUUGCGGAUGCUCUGCACCUCAAAGGGUCAAUGGAGUUGUAUGGAUUGAAGAUUGAUGUAGUCACUUAUAAUGUUCUAAUCACAGGUUUAUGCAACAACCAGUGUGUUUCUGAUGCAUUAGAUCUUUAUGAAGAGAUGAAAUCUAAGCAACUUCGGCCGAACAUUACAACAUACACCACAAUGAUUGGGGCUAUCUGUGCAACAGGCAGAAUAUUGGAAGGACAGAAACUACUGAAUGAUAUAGAGGAUAGGGGCUUUGUUCCCUCAUAUAAGGAUCAAAUUCUCGAAUGGAGGAUGGAGAAUGCAAUGAGAAGGUUAAACAUUAUAAGAAAUUGCAGAAAAGAAAUAACUUCUAAGAAUGAGGUCGAACUAUUACAUGCAGAUCAUGAAUCCAUGCAUGAAGCUGCUGAAGACUGAUAUCCUCUUAAAUCAACUUUUUCUACUUCAAAGGAAGUGGUAUGUUUGAUCAAUAUGGUGACCUCUCGUUGUCCAUUUGUGUCAGUUUGCAUUGCGACUCAUGUAUAUUGGGCCUAAGUUGUGUAUGCAUAUCAGGUUCAUAGUCUGAUGGGGAUGCUUAUAUUUGUUGAUGACACUGAGAUUUAAAUAAAUAUAGAAGAUGAAGACUUUGGUGUCAUAAUUUAAGAAAAAAGCAAGACUAAGAUGAUGGUAGCCAUGCGUAGGAAAAGAUCAGUACGGAAAACAUGAUUAUCUCACUUCAUCAAGGACAAGGAUACAGGUACGUUCAGGAGAUGAGAGAGGUCUUUCCUUUGGACCCAGGGCAUGUCACUCUCGAAUAAAUCAACUUUGCAACAGCAAGACCUGUUCCCAUUAUGCAAGCCUCCAUGGAGGUUAAUUUCUUGAGUUAGAGAUUUAGUUCGUUGGUAAUUAUCUUACCUUUUACCUGUUUAUACUUUUGAUCCCUUAUUUUUUAUAACUGAUAUGCGUUUGAGAAAAUAUGUAGACCGAAUUUGACAUGGGAGGAGUCCGUUAAGAGAGACCUGAAGGAUUGGAGUAUCACCAAAGAACUAGCUAUGGACAGGGGUGUGUUGAAGCUUGCUAUCCAUGUGCCAGAGCCAUGAGUUGGUCGCGAGAUCUUAUGAGUUUCACCUCUAGCCUACCCCAACUUGUUUGGGACUAAAGGCUUUGUUGUUGUUGUGCAAGAAUAUUAUAAAUGGAUGACAGCUUUUGUCAUGUGGGGAAUUCCCUACCAGAGGCGUGAAGUCCACUUACUACGUGGCUAGGAAUUGGUAAUUGGUUGGAGUAGGACACAAGUCAUAAGAUCCAGUUAGGAUUGGUAACCUGUUGGAUCAGAUCAAGAAUGAUUAUCAAGUUUGGAUUGUUGCAAGAGUAGGUAAUUCAUUAACAUGUUUAGGAAAAAGUCUGUUCUAGUUGGAGUUUCACGUGCAAGGCCAUCCGCUAUAAAUAGAGGCAGCCACGGGUGAUCUAGCCAAGCUAUCAAUAAACAAAUUCUUAGGCCUGAAUCCCCCUUCAAUUUCCUACAUCCAUUACCCUUCCCUAACAACAGCAAGCUAAUAGCACGACAUCAAACCAGCCGGCGGUUCAUUGGCCCGAGAGCACCUCUAUGGCACGGUAUCAACCUAAGGUCCAAGGGCUCUAAUAGUUUUGAAAUGAAUGGACAAAGUGACGGGUUUAGCCGAUGAUGAUGUUUUCUUAAAACUUCUGUUCUUAGUGUUUGUUUACUGAUAUGAACAAUUAUGACUAUGAUUGUUGCACUGCAUGACAUCAUGUAGUAUUGCUGCCUGCUGAUAAUUAAUUUAUGAGAAUAUGGACAACUGUGAUGUGCCUCUUUUCACUAAUAACAGACUUAUAAUGCCUACCAUCUGUAGUUCAUGAGGAGGUAUGUGAGCAAAUGCGCCCUAAUGCUCAUUCAUCGCUCCAACUCCGACCAUGUGUCUAGCUCGUGUUGUCAAGGAGUUCCCCUGCAGCUACCUUGGCAUGCCCUUGUCUAAGGACGCUACGCAAGCAGGACUUGCAAUAUCCUACAUAAGAGCUUUAUCUACAAAAGGACGGAAGCAGUGAUGGGGAGGUCACUGCCUAGUGGCCUGGGACAGAGCUGCUUCAGUUGUUCUUGUGCAAUUAUGCUUGGGUGGUGGAGUCCUAGCCGUGGGGACCUUUAUAAAGCUGGUUAGAGCUGUGAUAGCAGCCCAAAGGCAAGUGUCUGCUUUGAUGCCAAGGUGUCCUUCCCGGCAGAUGGGUUUGGAUGCAGCUGGAGGUGUGCACUGAAUUUAUCCGGGCCGAGGGGUUUCUCGUUUCUCCACUCCAUGGUCAAGACUUGGGUGGGAGAUGGUUAGCCACUUAGCCACAUGUUUUCUUCUGCAGGAGAGGUGUCAUAAGGUAGGCAUGAUUGGCUUCAUCCAGCCCUAAGUCAAGACAGUAUGAUUGAGACCUCUGUGAUGUGGUUUUUAUCUGUUCUUACUAGAUAAGGAGAAAUUUUUCAUGGGAAUGGUGUAUGAGCGAACACUAAAGACAUCCAAUUGUUGCCCAUAUGUA